AUGAGUAGUUAUGUUAAUAUUCCUUGGGUGUUGAUUGGAGAUUUGAAUUUUACUAUGAAUGAUUAUGAAACCCAUAAUUCUGUUAAUCGGCCUCACCAUGCUAGACAUGUUAGAAAUUUUGUUCAACAGCUUGGGUUAGUUGAUUUGGGUUACUCUGGUUCAGAUACAACUUGGUCAAAUCAUAGACAAGGGGAUGAUCAUGUCUCUGUUAGACUUGAUAGAGCUUUAGUCAACAAUCUGCGGAUUAAUAAUUACACUGCAUCUUAUCUACAACAUUUAGUACUUAUUUCAUCUGAUCAUAGUCCAAUUAUGUUACAUACUAUUCCAUCCUUCAAUAAGAAGUCUCCUUUUAAAUUAUACAAAUGCUGGUUCCAAGUUCCUUCUUGCAAAACUACUAUCAACCAGAGUUGGCAUCAUCAAUUUAUGGGUUCGUCUUUGUAUCAAUUUUCUAGUAAGCUCAAGUAUACCAGAUCUGAGCUUCAACGGUGGAAAAAAUUACACUUUGGUAACAUUGAAGCAAAUCUGCAUCAAAUUAAUUCUGAACUUCAACUGUGUUAUGAUAACAACCUACCUUCCACUCAUCCUCGUACUCAGUAUCUUACUAACAGUUUGCAGACUUGGUUGGCUAUUCAGAAAGAAUAUUUUAUGCAGCAAGAUGGUGAUAAAUUUCUUGAAGCAGACAGGAACACUUUUUAUUUUCAUUCUAUGACGAAUUUCAAUAAACGAAGAUCUCAUAUUCAUGCUAUUCAAGGACCUCUGGGUUUAUGGUAUGACUCUAAAAAAGAUAUUGAAGAUAUAUUUUUAGCUCAUUACUCUGAAAUAACUACUACUUUUGUGCCUCACCCUCAUUCGGAGAUUUUGCAGCUAUUCACACCUUACAUUUCAGAUUCAGAGAACCAAGAUUUAAUUCGCCUUCCAGAUGCUAACGAAAUUAAGGAAGUGGUAUUUAACAUAAGGUCAUGGGCUUCUCCAGAAAAUGAUGGUUUUCAAGCUGCCUUUUAUCAAAAGUGCUGGGAUACAAUUGGUUCGAAGAUUAUAUCACCAACUCAAACUGCUUAUGUUACAGGAAGACAUAUUCAAGACAAUGUAAUUAUUGCUCAUGAAUUACUUCACACUAUGAAGUCUAAAAAGAUUAAACAUGCUCUUGUUGGUAUGAAGUUGGACAUGUCGAAAGCUUUUGACAGGGUAGAAUGGCCUUUUUUGUCAGAUAUUCUUCGUCAGCUUGGUUUUCAUUCUGAUUGGAUUGCUUUGAUUGAACAGUGUGUUUCUACAACUGAUAUUUCUUUACUCAUUAAUGGGACUCCUUCAGCCAUCUUUCAGCCUUCUCGUGGUCCGCGCCAAGGGGAUCUUUUGUCCCCUUAUUUGUUUUUGUUUAUUAUGGAGGCUUUUUCUAGACUGUUACAACAUCAUGAUGAUAUAGGUCUGCUUCAGGGUUUGAAAAUUGGUAAGCAUUGUCCUGCAAUUAAUCACUUAUUUUUUGCAGAUGAUUGCUUACUUUUCUUUCAAGCAAAUUCCACUCAGAUGCUUCAAUUGAAGGAUCUUCAGCACAUCUUUGGACAUGCUUCAGGACAUGUGAUUAAUAUGCAAAAGUCUACUAUAUUUUUUGGUAAGCACACUACUCAUUCUCAAAAAAUAAGUAUAAAUGGGAUUCUUAAUUUGUCUCAAAUGGGGGUGGGAAAAAAAUAUUUGGGAAUUACGUUGCUUUUGCAUAGAUCUAGACACAAAAACAGUCAGGGUAUUUUGAAUAACAUGAAUAUUAGACUUCAAGGUUGGCAGAGCAAACUGGUUAAUCAUGCGGGUACGACUACUCGAGUUAAUCAUGUUCUGAGUUCAACGGGCAUGUACCAAAUGCAAAUUUUUAAGUUGCCAGAAUCUAUUCUUCAUCAGAUGGAUAAGUUGCUGCAUAAUCAAGAUGCUUUGUGGGGUAGACUUUUGAAAGGUAAAUAUUUUCCUCAUAAUGAUUUGCAGUUCUUUCCACCUCCAAAUUCUGCAAAUGCAAGCUGGGUAUGGGAAAGUAUUUUUCAAGGUCUCCAGAUUAUUCUCAGAUGCAGAGUAAUAUUUUCUAGCCUUUAUCCUAAUCAUAUCACUGUCAUUCAUCAAAUUAUCUUUUAUAUUGCAAAACACCAUCUUCAUGUUGCAUCGAGUAUUCCUGAUAUUGUUAGAUCUGUUGUGAAUGAUACUUGGAAGCCUCCUCCGUUGAAUGUGUUGAAAUUCAAUAUAGAUGCUUCUUACAGUCCCCUUUCAUUAAUGGCAGGUAUUGGCAUAAUAAUUCGUAAUGAUGCAGGACAAUAUGUGGCUGGAAAAUCAACGAUAAGAAGAGCUAUUGAUAUUCACCAGGCAGAAGCAUGA